AGUAUGAGGCUGUGUUGCAGUCCCUGAAAGAAGAGUAACCAUGGUGGGGUACAUGCGCUCCCCCCAUGUUUGUCAGCUUUUCGUUACUGUGGAGAGAACCUGAGAUAAACAUAUUAAAAGGAGGAAAAGUCUACUUUGGCGUGCAGUUUAAGAGUGGAUGGUCCGUGUUCGCCUACCCUGUUGCUUUGGCUUGUGGCACCAGCAUGCACCAUAAUGUGGGGCGUACAGCAGAGGAGGCUGCUCACCUCACAGUGGUGGGAGGGCAGCAAAAAAGGAGGGGCGGGGCCUGCGGUUCCCUGAGAGGGCCUCCCCCAGGACCUCACUUCUCCCGCUAGACGCUGUGUCCUCCCGAGAGUACCACGAGCUAGUGACCGGUCAGCAUAUGGGUCUUCAGGGGACCUUUAAAAUUCCAACCAAAACAUGACCUGAAUACUCAGUAUCUCCAGAGAAGAACAGUCUUUGUGUGAGAGUAUUAGUGUUGGAACAGGAGCAUACAGGCCUUAGUGAAUUCUGGGCAGGCUCAAGGAGAUGGAGCCAGAGGCAGUUUUCGAAGGCAAAGAAAGAAGAGAUCACACACGCUCUGGAUACUGAGUUGCUGGCCUCGGAGGCCUGAGGCUGCCGGGACCAGCUUGCUGGCAGAGGUGUCUUGCUGCGGGCGUCCUGUGCAGAGCAUCCUCUGAAUCACCGCAGUCCUACAGGGUGUUCAACUUCAUUAUGUGUGUCUGUGAGGAGGGCACGUGACACGUGAGGUUCUGGCAGAGCUAGGAGGACCCUGGUGGAGCUUCACAGCGUGUAGUAUUGUGCUUGUCUCGUGGAGGGAGGCAGGCUGGCCGGCCGGCAUCCUUCCCAGCUGUAGGUCUCUUGAGGCCUGAUGAGAACAGUUUCACCUUAGCAUCGGUGACUUCUCCUGUGACAGCCGGUUUAUAACAGGCAGGGCAGGGGUUGCUUGCCGGGAGCGUGGACGGGAGCCGGGCUGCGCAGGGGGACAGAUCAUCAAGGAGGUGGUGUGGCUGCCUGGAACAGGUGUCCCAAGACAAUUUCAGCGGCGUUGUGCGCUCAGGAACUUGGGGAGGCUUUUACUAGGUAAUUAACUUGGAGAGUGAUGGUCUAGACCAGGACCAACCGGCUGAUCUUUAAAAAAUCCCUUUUAUUGAAACUGCAACAAAAUACUGUCUCAGAUCCCUCAGGAUGGCACUUGUCAGAAAGACAUAAAAAAGUGCUGCUUAGGAUGUGGGCAAAUUGAACACGGUGCGCUGCUGCUGGAGAUGUGAAAUGAUGCAGCCGCUAUGGAAACGGCACGCUUGUUCCUCAAAAUACGAGCACGGGAUACUGUUUGAUCCAGCAGUUCCACUUCCUGGAUUGCCCAGAGGAGUGCCGCAGGCCGCGCCACGCUGUCCUCACGUUGCACCUUUGGGGAACAUCCUAGAGGCGGACUGCAGCCCUGCAGAUGGGUACCUCGUAUUUAACAGACAUUGUAUGGUGGGCUGGCACCAUUGCAAUGGCAGUUGGUCAGAUCGGAAACUUCCUGGCUUACACGGCAGUUCCCACGGUCCUCGUGACGCCCCUGGGUGCCCUUGGAGUGCCAUUCGGGAAAAGCUCAACAUCCUGGGCAAGUUGGGGUGUCUGCUAAGCUGUGCGGGCUCGGUUGUGCUGAUCAUCCACUCCCCGAAGUCUGAGAGUGUGACGACGCAGGCCGAGCUGGAGGAGAAGCUGACCAAUCCAGUGUUUGUGGGCUACCUGUGCAUCGUGCUGCUCAUGUUACUGCUGCUCAUCUUCUGGAUUGCCCCGGCCCACGGGCCCACCAACAUCAUGGUCUACAUCAGCAUCUGCUCCUUGCUGGGGAGUUUCACCGUGCCUUCCACGAAGGGCAUAGGGCUGGCGGCCCAAGACAUCCUGCACAACAACCCGUCCAGCCAGAGAGCCCUGUGCCUGUGCCUGGUGCUCCUGGCCGUGCUGGGCUGCAGCAUCAUUGUGCAGUUCAGGUACAUCAACAAGGCCCUAGAGUGCUUCGACUCCUCUGUGUUUGGGGCCAUCUACUACGUGGUGUUCACCACGCUGGUCCUGCUCGCGUCAGCCAUCCUCUUCCGGGAGUGGAGCAAUGUGGGCCUGGUGGAUUUCCUGGGCAUGGCCUGUGGAUUCACGACUGUCUCCGUGGGAAUUGUCCUUAUACAAGUGUUCAAAGAGUUCAACUUCAACCUUGGGGAGAUGAACAAGUCCAACAUGAAAACAGACUAGGAUGCGGCCAGGGGUUGGGGGCUGGAGGAGCAGGCUUUGGAGGUGGUUUCUGGUCUCGAUUGGAUGUGAAGUAGCAGAGACCCUCAAUCCCUGGGGUGAGAGUUACCUGCACACCCACGGGUGGCCUAGUGGACAUGAGGACCCGGGCGUGACACUGGACUGGGCCCAGCCCUAAGCAGCCCAAACCUCCCAGGGGUUGCCUGGGCACCGUCGCUCCCUGAUGAGAUGAAUGUCACUUUCAUUUCCAUUAACCUGGAAGCUUUUGUGACUACUCUUUCCUUUUAAAAUAUUUUAACAUGACCUAAUCAGACAAGAAAGGUGGGCCUUGCUGGCUAGUCUUUGCAGGAGAGCAAUGAUCUUAGGUUACUUUGGAAACAGGAGACAUGGUCUUGAAAUCUGGCUCUGUGUAGUAAGCGUGCCUGUAGUUGGGUUAGUUUGCGUUAAGCAUGUGUCAUAUUCAGGAACCUCAUUCAGAUAAGAGGGUUAACCAAACCUUCCUAACCCUCUAACAAAUUGGCUGUCUUCUGCACUCACCCCAAGACAUCUUCAUAGCAAGUAGAGAGGAGUUAGCGAACGUAAUACAGUACUCCAUUGGCAGGGUGACUUCUCAAUAGCUCAGCUCAAUUUCAGUGCCUUUAUCACUUGAAUUACUCACUUAAUUUGACAAGUACUAUGUGUCUGUUCUCUUAGACUAGAAUAAUGGCACCUCCUUGGUUAUACAUUUAUAUUUCAGUGUUCGGAUUACAAAUAGGAAAAUCAGUUAGAAAUAAUAGCAUAGUCAUUGGAAGAUAAUCAGACCUAACAUACACCAAAGGCAAUGGACCUGUGCAGCAUGGAGUUAUUGUCUAAUUAAAGACAACUAAUUAAGUAGCAUGAGGUAUUUUAUUUUCAUUCAAACUGUGUAACUGGGAUCCAGCAUCAAAUAUAUUUACAUUGUUUUCUCUGCAAGCAUUUGUGACUAGUUGAAAGAAAUAAACUAUUUAACUUGAAAAUAAGUUAUUACAUGAGGGAAUAACUUCAGUACCACAUAUAUUGAGUGUUCUUUAAUACAGGAACAAAUUAAAGGACACAGAUAAGCUUAAGGCAGCGUCUACAAAUUACAACACACAUAGUUCUCAAAGGGAUGUACAUCAACAAGGGAAAUAACUAACUCAGCCAUCGCAUCCUUUGAGAUGUCAUUCGAGAGUUCCUCACCCAGUUGCUCAUAAACUUCUUGAGCACACAAAGACAGGACAGAACAAAAUGAAAGACUACCUAGACGUAAAAGAGCCAAUAACUGUGGCAAGUUUUGAAUCCAAAAGGUCAUUCUUCUGUCUAAGGUAACCUUCCAUGCGUGUUAAACUGGAGUGAUACAGAUACACACAGCAGUGUCGUGUACUUCACACGCAGUGUUCCGUCUAGGUGGGGAAGUUGCCACAUCCAGGACGGGGUUGAGUAGAGGAGGCGGAACAGGAACUCUAGUAGUACCCGAUGAAAGUUACUCACCAAGGGAAAAAAUGUGCUGUGCUAGGCAAAAACAGCAUUUCUAAAAUAAAGACCCAAGGAAUAGUACCCUAAAGUGUUGAACAAAGAGGCUAAACAGAAUGAGGCUAGUUUAACAUAAAGCCAAAAAAUACCUGUAUGAAGUAAAAGUACAUAUGAUCAUCUUGGUUUGUUAGUGAUUUUUGAAAAGCAGCAACAAAAUUAUUUUAAAAAGUCAUAUUGCUGAGAAAGUGCUCAGAAAGGUUAUUUCUGUUUUUAUCAGCUCUUGAAAGAUUUUUUUAAAUUACCAGCAUUCUUUUUUUUUUUUUUUUUUUAUACCAGCAUUCUUAGAAAUGCAGGUCUUGACUUACUGAACUCUAUUAAAGUGAAAGCGUUAUGGAGCAGGAUCAGUACAGUUUUAGGCAUGAAAAUACUUCCUUAGGUGAGGAGCCUGAGAAACAGUAUGUGGCUGUACAAGUAUAAGAGGAAAAUUCCUAAUGUAGAAAUGACGUUUAUCUUGCUGUAACCUGUACGCAAAGCGAGUUUGAGUGCAUCUGUCAGUGUACCUUAUUACAGUCACACCCACAGUUACACCAGGGCUAUUCAGAGGUCAUAGUUUCUGGAUGGUCUUCCCGAUGAUUUCUUUUAGGAGUACAGCAGAAUUUCACAGUAUUAGCAUGUCUUCUCCCCUGGAAGGUGCCUGGCCCUGGAGCAGUCGUGUCUCUCAGGUUUCUCUCUGUUUGGAUAGGUGGAGCAGGGUGCACAGCUUUCGUUCCAGUGGGACGAAGUUCACGUUGUUUUCAAGUGUGUGACAGUACUCGCUAAGUAACCAACGUGGCCAGUGUCCAGUGGUCUGAUUCUCAAGUUUAACACAGAGCAUAUAUAUUCAGGGUUAAUACGGUUUUUUUGUCUUUUUUUUGAGACAGGGUUUCACUAUGCAGUUCAGGCUGGCCUUGAACUUGUUUAUAUAGCCCAGACUGGCCUCAAACUCACCUCCUGCUUCAGCCUCCCUCCCGAGUGCUGGGAUGACAGGCGUGUGCUAUAACGCCUGAUGCAAAAUUACUCUUGAUAAAUACUUAAGGAGGCCAUUUUUCUCCUCUCUUUUUAAGCAUGGUCUUGUUUUCUUAUCUAACUCCUUGCAUUUGGAAAGAUUGUUUCCCAUUCUGCUUAUUGAUCAAAUGUAGGACCAGUUAAGGAUUCUAAUCCUAACCCAGCCCCAGGAUAGCAUCUGGGGAGCUCUGCAAAGGAGGCAGUGUUGCCCAGGCUGGGGCCCCUGGAGAGCAGUGUGGUUUUCUGGGGGCCUUGCACAUUACUCAGCUAUUGUUACAGUAUUUUCCUAUUUGGAUGUUAAUUUAAUGUGCUUCACUGUUCUCUGCUCAGCAAUAAGAAAUAUCCUUUCAAGACGACUCCCUAAGCCAGUUUGGAUAAACUGGCUGAAGGUUUUAUUUCCAGCAGUUAGUUAGUCCUAGCACUAAGAUGUUGGUCUUUGUUGUUCGGUGGGUUUCAUUCUGUUUUCUGAUAGAGGAGAACACUGUCCAAAUACGCGGUCACUGUUCCUCCUUUUCUCUGGACAACUCAGCUCCUGCUAAACAUUUGCUCAGCUCUUAGAAGUUAGUCUGGAAACUUGGGCAAAGUGUUCAGACGCAGUGUCUCCGGGUAUGAAGAACGCUCAAACCGUGACACAGGUUUGUCGAGCGCUGGCUGCUGCCCAGCCAUGGGACUGUUACUGUGGUUCUGGGGCUGAAGCCAGGCCUGGUGCAUGCUGGGCAGGCAUUCCGCCACUGAGCUGUACCCCUUGCUCUAAAGCAAGAUUUCCUCUGGCUUUGUCUGUUUGUUUUGUUUUGAGGUGCUGGAAUUCAAAUGCAGGGCCUCAGCCGCGCUAAGCAAGUGAGCUUCUACCACUGAGCUACGUCCCCAGCCCCUGCUGCUGCUGCUUGUCAGGAGACGAUAGCUCUCUUUCCUUCUAGAACAGAGAGGAUACGCUACUGGCCUGCAGAGCCCAUAGCUCUUCUCUGAUGCCCACAGAGCCUGUUCCAGCUUCCAGUGACCCAGUAGGACACGAGAAAGAGAAGAGCACUUUGACUGAUGGAUUAGCUUCUUGGACCGAGGAGCUACCUUCAGUGCAUCUGACACCAAGGAGGUUGCACACCUGUCAAGCAGGGUUGGAUGGAAUCUUGGUGUUCUGCCUUCUCAGGGACCCAAAACGUAUCAGUUCACUGUUGACCUUACUUCCAAGAAUAUGUCCAUGUUUGUGUUGCAUGUUUUACUCAUAAUCAUACCUAGAUUUUGUUAACUUGUGCUGGUAAGAGAAAAGACCAGCUGGCACCCCAGUCAUAUCGCAAGGCAGUUUAUCACAUAAGAUACCUCAAUUUUUUGUGUUCGUUUCCACCUCACAGUUGUUACUGGUGGUGAAUUUGAAGGGUCUGUCCUUUAACUCAUAGGUGACUUCACAUGGGGCCAGGUUCUUGUACCUCCAUUGUAUACUUGAAAAGAUUAAGAAUUAUAGGAACAGGAAUGAGAAUUUGGCCCAGUGCCGCUACUUGUUUAUUUUCAUAUACGUUUCUCACAUGCUAUUAAAUGUAACAAAAUAAUUAUAUUUUAAGAAAAUGUAACCUUUGUUACAUCAAAAUAUAUUGUCUAAUAAAAACUUGAUAUUCAGUAGAGCAGUGAUCAUGUAAAUAAGCAUGUAUUUCAGAUACCCAGAGUGAUUAAAAAGCAGAGCCUAAGGCCUAGAACUAAGGAGGAUUUAUUUCUUUUCUCUGUUUUUCCCUGAAUUGUGCAAAUAUGGGUGAGUUGCUUAACCUUUCUGUGCCUCGUUUCCUCUACCUCUGGGGGCGUGGGAUGGCUCUCCAGGUUCACUGUUUCUCUGGGUAGCACUGUGGCAGUGCUCGGGUGGGUUGGAUGGGAGCACUGUGCUCAGCACUGCUCUGGAAGCGGUGUGCUGGACCCCGGCUUGCACUGACCUCGACAGCUGCCCUGGACAGUGCUGGAGAGCACAGGCCUCGAGCGCAAAGCAAGUAAAAGAAGCACUGGUUGUCAAGGUUGCACAAUUCCUUGAAGCUUUAAUUUUCCCUUGUUUGUUUUUAAACGGGUUUUGUAUACUGUAUUGUAAAAUAUGGAAGUUAAACUGGGACACUAGAAACUGCACUGAAAGAUCACAUCCUGAAGGUGUGACGAGCUCCUCUGCCAGCCCGCUCAGGUCAAAUUCUGUAGAAGAUGAGAUGACCUGUGUGACUGAUCAAUUCUGUCCCCUGUGAUUGGUAAUGAGUAAUGCUGAUCUUCUGCUUUCGAGCAGUUUAACCUAGACGAUGAACUCUCUGACAUCAGGUGAAUGUCAAGAGCUCCUCGACCACUUGUGCCAAAGGGUCAUGUUGAAAAAUUUAGAAUGUUUAUUUGUUAGAAUAUAAUAAUUUGCUCCCCACCCCAUUCAGUGGUUUCGCAUUUUACAAAUUUAGCAGUGUUUUUCAGUACUAUUUCUGAGUGUUUCUGCCUUUGUAAAGGGUAGCUGUGAUUUCCUUGUGAAGUGGAGUAUAAUCAUGAAGACAGGAAGAAGGCGAGAUACGAAAUGUUAAAUGUUGAUAUCGGUUGCAUACAGUUUUUUUCACGUCAGUGCAUCAGAGGAGCUUCUGAUUAACACACAUGCACACAUUUACCAAUGGCUAAGACUUGCUUAUAUUUUGCUUAUAGAAGUAGUCAUGGCAUGAUGUAAUUGCCUUAUGUAAAUACAAAAGGCUAUUUAUUAAGUUUUCCAAUAAUAUUUAUUAAUCUGUAUAUGUUUUAAAAUAAAAUAACUUAUUUCUAGCUGAA